CAGACACACGCGUACACACACACGUACACACACUCACACAGAUUGUGAUGUUGGUGCAGAUUAAUAUCUGGACUGAUUUACAUGCUGCUGCUGCUGAGAUUUGAGUUGAAGUGACUCGUUACAAUCUAAAUCAAAGUGUAGUGGGACCAUAAGGACACAUUCUUUCUCAAGGAAGGGGGAGGGGGACGAGGACUGAGACAGAGUCCUUCCACAGAGCCUUGAUUCCUGGUUCAUAUGAAGAGGACCGGUCCAUUGUUGACCACGUCCAGGAUGAACCACAGACCACAGACUCUUUAUCACAACAGUCAUCAUGUGAUUCAUACCAACGGCCCGAGGGCCAGGAGUCGCGAUAACCUGCUGAUGUUUGACGACUUUGGAGACGAGAACUGUUGUCCUGGACGAUGUCUCAGUCACAGCAGCUCAGAGCGUCAGCUCCUGGCUCGUAUCAGUGCAGUCAAGCGUCGCCAGGCUCUCCGUGGCCCCGCCUACAUGUUUUCCACGCCCCCCAUCAUCCUGACGGAGGUGGAGCAGCGUUUCCUGGAGGCGGCCGAGUACGGAAACAUCCCAGAGGUGCGACGCAUGCUGCUGCACGUGUCCAACCUGAACGUCAACGCCGUGGACUACAUGGGCCAGAAUGCACUGCAGCUGGCUGUGGCCAAUGAGCAUCUGGAGGUGACGGAACUGCUGCUGGGGAGGGCGGACCUGGCCAGAGUGGGCGACGCCCUCCUGUUAGCCAUCAGUAAAGGUUAUGUCCGGAUCACAGAGGCUCUGUUGGGUCACCCUGCGUUCAGAGACGCUCAUCGUCUCACAGCGAGUCCUGCUCAGGUGGACAUACUGGACGACUUCUUUGCUUACGAUGAGGACGGAACGAGAUUCUCUCAUGACGUGACUCCAGUCAUUCUGGCAGCUCACUGUCAGGAGUACGAGAUCCUUCACACGCUGCUGAGUAAAGGCGCUCGCAUCGAUCCUCCUCAUGAUUACUUCUGCAGCUGUGACUCCUGUAACUACCAGCAGCAGUUUGACUCCUUUAGUCAUUCACGCUCCAGGAUCAACGCGUACAGAGGCCUGGCCAGUCCUGCGUACCUGUCCCUCUUCAACGAAGACCCGGUCCUGGCUGCGCUGGAGCUCAGCAGUGAACUGGCUAUGCUGGCCAACAUCGAGAAAGAGUUUAAGAACGACUACUGUCUCCUGUCCUCUCAGUGUAAGGACUACGUGGUGGGUCUCCUGGAUCUGUGUCGCAGCACAGAGGAGGUGGAGGCCAUUCUGAGCGGAGAACCUGAGUCUGAGGACAACGAUGAUCUGCCCAGCAGGCCGUCACUCACACGACUCAAACUGGCCAUCAAAUAUGAACUGAAGAAGUUUGUGGCUCAUCCUAACUGUCAGCAGCAGUUGCUCAGUAUCUGGUACGAGAAUCUUCCGGGUCUCAGACAACAGACCACUGCGGUCAAACUGCUGGUGGUUCUGGCUGUAGCUGUAGGACUUCCUGGUCUGGCAGUGGCGUACUGGAUCGCUCCGUGUGGCCAAGUGGGGAAGGUGAUGCGCAGCCCCUUCAUGAAGUUUGUGGCUCACGCCUCGUCCUUCACCAUCUUCCUCGGCCUCCUUAUCCUUAACGCCGCCGACCGAUUUGCCGGAACCACGCUGUUGGCAAACAUGACUCACCAUCAACAGCCGGGGUCAACGUUCAAGAGUGAGCCGCUGCUGCUCCACCGCUCCACCACCACUCCUUUCACCUGGAUGGAGAUCCUCAUCAUCUCAUGGGUGAUUGGGAUGAUCUGGGCUGAGGUGAAGGAGAUCUGGAGUCAGGGACCUGGAGAGUACCUGGUGGAGCCGUGGAACUUCUUGGACUUUGGGAUGUUGGCGAUCUUCCUCGCCUCCUUCUGCUGCCGCUUCUCCGCCCUGCGUCACGCAGACGUAGCUCAGACUUACGUGCACUCACACUACACCACGCUGGUGAAUGUCACGCUGCCGCCCGAGAUUCACUACUUCACGCUGGCACGGAUCCACUGGCUGCCCUCUGACCCUCAGCUGGUGUCAGAAGGUCUGUACGCCGUGGCGGUGGUGCUCAGCUUCUCUCGGAUCGCUUACAUCCUCCCGGCCAACGAGAGCUUCGGUCCGCUGCAGAUCUCUUUAGGGCGGACGGUCAAAGACAUCUUUAAGUUCAUGGUCAUUUUCAUCUUGGUCUUCCUGGCGUUCAUGAUCGGCAUGUUUAACCUGUACUCAUAUUAUCUGGGAGCCAAGCAGAACGACGCCUUCACCACCCUGGAGGAGAGUUUUAAGACGUUGUUCUGGGCGAUAUUCGGCCUCUCUGAGGUCAGAUCUGUCGUCAUCAACAACGGACACAAGUUCAUCGAGAACAUCGGUUACGUCCUAUACGGCGUCUACAACGUCACCAUGGUGAUAGUGCUGCUCAACAUGCUCAUCGCCAUGAUCAACAGCUCCUUCCAGGAGAUCGAGGACGACGCUGACGUGGAAUGGAAGUUUGCUCGAGCCAAACUGUGGUUCUCGUACUUUGAGGAGGGACGGACGCUGCCCGUGCCCUUUAACCUGGUUCCCAGUCCUAAAUCCACGCUGGGUCUGGUGACGUGUGUCAAGUCUGUGCUGCUGCACCUUGUGAGAGGACACCAGGAGGACAAGACAGAGACGCAGCUCAACCAGCUUGGAGACAGAAAUCAUUCAGGAUAUGGUUCUUCUCCCGGGCCGAGCAGGUACCAGAAGAUCAUGAAGCGACUGAUCAAACGUUACAUCAUCAAAGCACAGACAGACCGAGAGAGCGAUGAAAUCACUGAAGGAGAACUGAAGGAGAUCAAGCAGGACAUCUCCAGCCUGCGCUACGAGCUGCUGGAGGAGAAAUCACAGAACCAGGAGACACUGGACGGACUUCUGAGGAGACUGGGAGAGAUCAGCACGCCCUCAUAACAGCAACAAGCCGAUUGAUGUGUUUAUUUAAAAAGUAACUUACUGAUUGUAUGACUUUUAUAUA